GUCUGUAUCCUGGCCUGUCGCCUUACUCCUCUGACAGCAUGAGUUUCACCACUCGCUCCACCACCCACACCAACUACCGGUCCCUGGGCUCCGUCCGGUCGUCCAGCCACCGAGUCCGUCCAGCCAGCAGCGCAGCCAGCGUCUACGCAGGAGCCGGGGGCUCGGGCUCCCGGAUCUCGGUGUCCCGCUCCAGCAGCUUCCGGGGCGGCUGGCCCGGGACCCUGACUGGCGGAAUGGCUCAAGGUCUGGCGGGAAUAGGGGGUAUCCAGGGCGAAAAGGAGACCAUGCAAGAGCUGAACGACCGCCUGGCCUCCUACCUGGAGAGGGUGAGGAACCUGGAGACUGAAAAUCGGAAACUGGAGAGCAAAAUACGGGAACACCUGGAGAAGAAGGGACCCGAGGUCAGGGACUGGAGCCAUUACUUCAAGACCAUAGAGGAGCUGAAGGCUCAGAUCUUUGCAAAUUCUGUGGACAAUGCCCGCAUCGUUCUGCAGAUUGACAAUGCUCGGCUGGCUGCUGAUGACUUCAGAGUCAAGUACGAGGCAGAGCUGGCCAUGCGUCAGUCUGUGGAGAGCGACAUCCAUGGGCUCCGCAAGGUCAUUGAUGACACCAAUGUUACUCGGCUACAGCUGGAGACAGAGAUUGAGGCUCUUAAGGAGGAGCUGCUCUUCAUGAAGAAGAACCAUGAGGAGGAAGUAAAGGGCCUACAAGCCCAGAUUGCCAGCUCUGGGCUGACCGUGGAGGUGGAUGCCCCCAAAUCACAGGACCUCAGCAAGAUCAUGGCUGACAUCCGGGCCCAGUAUGACGAGCUGGCUCAGAAGAACCGAGAGGAGCUGGACAAGUACUGGUCCCAGCAGAUUGAGGAGAGCACCACAGUGGUCACCACUCAGUCUGCUGAGAUAAGAGCUGCCGAGAUGACACUCAAGGAGCUGAGACGUACAGUCCAGUCCUUGGAGAUUGACCUGGACUCUAUGAGAAAUCUGAAGUCCAGCUUGGAGAACAGCCUGCGAGAGGUGGAGGCCCACUAUGCCAUGCAGAUUGAACAGCUCAAUGGGGUCCUGCUGCACCUGGAGUCAGAGCUGGCACAGACCAGGGCAGAGGGGCAACGCCAGGCACAGGAGUAUGAGGCCUUGUUGAACAUCAAGGUCAAGCUGGAGGCUGAGAUCACCACCUACCGCCGCCUGCUAGAAGAUGGGGAGGACUUCAGUCUAAGUGAUGCCCUGGACAGCAGCAACUCCAUGCAAACUAUCUACAAGACCAGUACCCGCAGGAUCGUGGAUGGCAAAGUGGUGGCUGAGACUAACGACACCAAAGUUCUGAGGCACUGAGGUAGCAGAACCAGGGUACCCUUUGAGGAAUGAGAGGUCAAUAAAAACUUGAGGUCAUUGGA